AUGGCGACCCUCUCGCCUCCCCAGCCCUCUCCCCUCCCCGACGCCUCCAACCCACCCACCAGCCUCUCGCCGGCGCUCACCCCGACCCCAACGACCAACAGCCCCCCGCCGGCGCUCACUCCGACCCCGGCGGCCACCGUCCCACCCUGCUCCCCCACCCCGGUGUCGAGGACCCCUCCCUCUGGUGCACCGACGGGGCGCAACAAAUCCCAACGCUGGUGCCGUGAUACUCCACCAACUGGUAAGUCCGGCGGCGGCGACGCUCCUCAGCCCUCCUUCCUAGAGGCGCUGCUGGGAGGUAUUCCUGCGCGUUCGUCCCCCGCGGUAUCGGCGACUCCCCCCCGAGUCCGCGAGGUGGGCUUAUCCCUGGCCCGGACGCCUAGAGCUGGCAUCCCGUGGUGA